AUGGACCAUCAUGACUGGCAGCGGGGGAGAAGUAGAGGUCACAGACGGUACGAUGAUGAUGAAGAUGGUAAGAAAACAGUCAUCCUGAAAAUCUGUGUCCCAGGAAACUUAUGUUUCUGUUUGGUAAAUGAUUCUUAGCAAAGUAACAAGGGCGAUGUUUUAGUACUAUCUACUGUAGGACAUCAUCAGAAGUGUCGUCUAAAGUAAGGGAGCAGAGUCCACAUUAAACCAAAUGUAGAAAUUACUCAUUUGAAAGUGAAGUUGCUUCAUAACUUUGUAACAACAUGCAGGUACAAGGUUCAUCUUUAGUCAUGGGACGUAAUUCCCAAACUAACCAAACUAUGACUAAAGAAAUUAUGAUUUUUACUUCAUUUAGCCAAUCAUUGCAGAACAUGUCAUCCCUUAAAACUCUCUGUUUCUCCUCAUUCAUCCUUCAAAUGACUCCAUCCUCCAAAAAUGUGCCCUGAAAAGUUUAUAUGAAGGACUUUAAAGAUACUCAGAGCUGGGUUUAAGGUCUAAUCGUCACUUUUCCUACAUCAAAACUAUCUCAGCUGGCCCAAACAUUUCAAUCAGAAACUACCUACACAGAGCUGGUGCAACAUUUGGCCUUUGUCAACAGAUUCUGCAUUAAAUGUGUAACCAGUACUCAGGAAUCUGGAUUUUGGUAUCCAUUUGUAGGGUUCUUGUCAUCCAUGUAGUAUCAACCAAUUACGUACCAGCAGGCUUUGGCAUAUGAUGAUCUGUCUGUCCCCUUAGAACCUGUUCCAGUAUUAAUAUGGCACUUCCAUGUUUUCUGUCUGUCCUUUUCUUUCAGAGGGCCAGCCGGUCUACAUCGGCGUUCCAGCUUCCCACAGACGGAAAAGGCGCAGACAUCAUUCCCACGCCAGUGAUGCUGAGCGUGCCACAAGGCACACACACUAUGACCGCCAUACACACCGUGAACACUCACACAGGGGAUAUUACCAUGACAGAGACCGAGACACAGAGGAGCGAUCUGACGAUGAUGAAGGCAGCACAGAGCAUCAAGAACCCUCUGACCCCUCAGGUUUGAGAAUACAUGAAGAUACUUUCUAGAGUAUGCUGUGCCCAAUUCAUAAACAGUCAGCACAUAGUUGAGGGGUCUAGGCAGCAUUGAGCUGUCUUGGCUGAUGUGCUUCUUCACUUGAAUAAUGCUUUUCCCUUGGAAAGCCAAGGUGGUGUUUUAGGUUUGUAAUAAAGGAGAUUGGAGGGUUUGCAAAUAUCAGGGUACCACUCUGCAGAGAUGUUCCAUUGAAGAUGUUGAGGAGGAGGACCCAUGACCUCUUAAGCUUGGGUAGAGUGGGAACAUUGAUUUAACCAGCUGACUACCAUUCUAAUGUUGAUGGAGUUAUGGGAGUUCACACAUCCAGUCAACAUCAACAUCCUUAUCAAGUGAGUCCAGGGGGUGCAAGACAGGAUUAUGGGUACUGGGGCCAUUGCGAGAGCUUUUCAGUCUUUGUGUAGCUUAAGUGAGAGCUGUGUCUGUAUCACUAGAAUAAUAUCAAUCAACUUUCCAGUCAGUGUGAGUGACCUCUGCCAAGGUUGCUCAAGAUAGCCAUGCACAUAUCAUGGCACAGUCAGGGACGGUGGAUGUGGGUGUAAGUAUGUCAAGUCUGGUUGCUUAAGAAUCAUGCCUCUUCUCUGUCCAGGUACAUUUUCGCUGGUUUCACCAAACUUUUAGCUUCCAGUGAGGAACAGGAGGAAGUUGUAGCUAAAUGUGAAGCACCUCCAAGUCUGCGGGAAAGAGAGAUUGCUCUUUGCAGGCUGGGAGUAAUUGUUGCCUGAAGUGAAGAUCUGAGGAUCCCAAGUGAGGUUAAUGAGGCAUUAGAUUUCCAAGGAUUGAUACUUGUCAGAAUUAAUUCUGUCAGGGUACAGAGAAAACUGAGCUUGUAGUCAAGUCAAAGCUUUAAAUUAGCAGAUUAAUUCAAGUUCAAUGAUAAUUGGGAUGUGGAAAAAGAGACAUCACAAGAGCCCCAAAAGAGUCCUGUCUCUGUUGUGUCCACACUCAUAUGUAGAGAUGGAGAAAGAGAGGCAAUGAAGAGCUGCUUCUGAGCUGUUGGGAAAACAAACUGAGAUGACUUUGGCAUGUGAUUAUGAUGCCACCUUGUUGUUAGGCCACUUUCUUGGCCCUUCAGACUAAGAAGAGAUCCAGAGGUAGACCUAGACCACACAUGGGUGAUACAACUGUAGUUCUUAGCCUGGUAGUGCCCUGGGAGAGGUACCUUUGGACUGCUGGGCUUGCUGCUAUCAAAAGUAUGUCUUGGGAUAAUGAGACUUGUAGUUUGUUCCUUCAUAACGUUAAUGUUGCAUCAACAAAAGGUCCCAGUUUGAAAUUGUCUUAUUCUUUGUUCUGUGGCCAAAACAAGUGAUACAUUCAUCCAUUGUUGGUGUACACUGUUGGUUGCUAACAAGAAAACGAUAAGGUACUGACAUGCUACACGAAGUGUAACUGCUUAACAAUGUAAGAAAGAACUGGUACUGUGGGCGUGAUAAUGGACUAAGCAUUUCUGUGCUUGAGUGCCUUCACAUGAAAUCUUACGAGCCUUUGAACCCAUUUGGAGCCAUAAGUGCUAAACUCAGUGGUGACAGGUCUUCAUCCAGACUUGAUUCACCUUUACAGGUGGAUUAACCAAAAGCCUGUUUCUGUAAAGAGUUUUUGAUGAGGUUGAAGUUUGAAGUACAUGUAUGUGAUGAAUUUUUGCAGCAUGGUCAGCGUUCCCAGGGGGGCCAUAAAGUCUGUAGCCUGUAAGCUGAUUAGAGCUGAGGAACUCCAAGCUGUGUGUGUGUGUGUGUGUGUGUGUGUGUGUGUGUGUGUGUGUGUGUGUGUGUGUGUGUGUGUGUGUGUGUGUGUGUGUGUGUGUUUGUGUGUGUGUCUGUUAUUUGGGGUGACUGCUGGUGUUUGGUGUGUGGUACGCCUUGUAUUAUUGUAUUAUUGAUUUAUACUAAGUUUUCCUAACACAAGGCCUGACAUGAAUAGCUGAAGGCAGGACUGUUGGGGUCAUCCAGGCAAGAAAGUCUGAGCUUUGCCAAAGAGGAUGUCCUUGAUUUUCUUGCAUGUGUGUUUUUGUCUGAGUGUGUGUGUGUGUGUGUGUGUGUGUGUGUGUGUGUGUGUGUGUGUGUGUGUGUGUGUGUGUGUGUGUGUGUGUGUGUGUGUGUGUGUACGUGGACUUCUGGGAGGAGAGUACUAGAGGGCCCUGUGGUGUGUGUCAACCUUCUUAAAGCCUCUGGCUCUUUUGCUGCUUUGGAGAUUUCAGUGGAUUCUUGCCACAGCUUUCAGAGGACUGAUUGAAUUGCGCAAGUCUGACCCCUUAGAAGACUACUCCCACACCAAUCAUACAUGGCUAAUUGAAAUAACAAAACUUACUGAGGAAUAAAACCCAAGGAAGUCAGCGCUGAGGCACUGGAGUGGAAAAACAAGUUGGAAAGACGUAUGUGAGAAGCGGUGAAAGAGUAUUUUUUCAGUCAUGGUGAAGAGCUGAGGACACUCGACCUCAACAAGAGGACAGGACGCUGCGUACCUUGGUUUUUUUGGCCUGAAUACAGACAAGUUUUCCCAGUGGGUAAUACUGUUUCUUAUCAGAGGCUCCAGUGACCAUGCUGGACCCUGGAGCAUCCCGUCGGACUCUACCUGGUUCUCAUAUAGGUAACAAUGCAACAAAUAAAAAAAGAAAAACAUGGAAAAGGAGAGUAGAUAACCUGCCACGGUUGGUAGACAAAAAUCACUGAUUAUAUGCAAAUCACAUUUGAAGUUAAAAGAUCAUUUUGUUUUCUUUUAUUUUGUGUAGUUUAAAGACAAAUCUUUCAGUGUUCAGUACCUGCUGAUCUCGCACAAUAAGCUUUUGUAUUGGCCACGCAUUGUAUCAUAAACUGUUCCAUCUUUAAGACUUUGGGGUGGGGGGGGGGGACACUGAAGUUUUGAUUCUCCAUGUUGUUUAAUUCCUCCCAAACAUUUUAGAAGCCUACAUGGUUGAAAAUUAAGUUAUUCAGAGUUGCAACAAUCAUUUUUUUGUCACAUGGAGGCAGAGGAAUCAGGUGAUUGCAUUAAUGUAUCAAUGCAUGAGGUUAUAUUGAAAAACAAUGUCUGGUUACAGAUCAACAAUCAUGGAGAAAUCCUUUUUUUGCUGAUCGAAAGUUCUAUAUGAUUAAAACAAUAAUAGCUGACUGGUUCGCACUUUUCUGAGAAGUGAAAAGAACUCUGGUGUGUUUUAAAGCUGGGCCCUUUUUUGAUGUUUCAUUUCCACUAUUUUAUUUUAGAUGAAUAAAAGAAACUAAAUGUUCAUUACUCCAUCUGACAGCUUAAAAAUGGGCUUGCAAUGACUGCAGCGUAAUCCACAGAGCAAAUGUGUGUGUUUAAGGUACAUGCCCCCAAUAAGCUUGUUGUUGACUUAGUUUGUUUUAUAGUCUAACAAAAUUACAGAAAAGAUUUUCAAUUUUUAGACUUUUUUGUCCAAAGGCGGGAUGGAAAUAAAUAUUUCUUCAGCCUCAUUUUUGGCAGCUGACACCAAACUUAGAGCCAGAGAGUUUUAUUGGAAAACACAGGUACUGCUUGUCCAACGCCACCUCAUUAAGUUCAUUUUUUCGUGCUUGGAGCUGAUUGAAAACAAAAAAAGUAGUCAUGGACAAGCAGAACACCAUUCACUUCAGCUCAGGCAACUUUAUUUAUCCCACUGGGGGCAAUUCAUUUGUGGCUUUCCAGUGUAUAUUCAGUCAUUUACACAGUGAGUCAACAAUAUACAGAAAUGAUCUAUCAGUCAAGUAAACAUGUUAAAGCAUAGGACAGAGGUAGAUUUCAGGACUUUAUAAGUAGCCUACGUAUACAACUCAUAGGGCAAGAUAAAACAAGAUAGGAUAAAAGAUUUAAAAAAACAAGUGAGGUAAAAAAAAAGAAUACAAAAACUGUAAUAUCAGUUAUAAAAAUAGGAAUACAAGAUCAAUAAAUUUGAGGUAAAAUUACUACUGCUGACAAUGGAGUCUGAGGGCAAUCUAACAUUUGAUUCUGUUCAGAUACAAAGGGUCUUAUCAAAAAGGACUCUUUCUUUAGUGACCCUUUCUUUAAUUUUGCAGUCAGUACAGCUAAUUUCAAGGCUGAGGCAAUCUACUGAAACAAUCUUUCGGAAAAAUCCAAAAACUUCUUACACCUCUGAACGAUUGAGGUCUGAAAUAUUUAAGUAAAAGUUGGUACUACAGAUUUACUAACAGCCUACAAAGAGUCCGAAACGGCGCAGAAACAAAACACCAUGACCUCUCCCUUGGGGGUUGUAUUAGCUGGUUGGAGAUCAUAAACACAUUGAGUACUAAAACUGUGAACCUGAUCAGACGUCCCGAUGGGACCUGACCUAAUGUGACCGAGCAGAAAGAGCGAUGGAAACAGCUUCAGUGUUGUACGCUCUGAGAACAUUGGGUUGUAUAAAUAAACAACCAGGGUUGUUAACAUAGAUUACAUAAUCGUUCUUGUAAGUGGAAGUGCUGAUUGACGUUUGCACAUCGUUGCCACAUGAUCCUUGUGUCACUCGUUUCAGAUCUAUAUGCCUGGGUUUUUUUAAAAUCUUUUUUUAAUGUUUUUGUCUAAAAAUGGGACAAACUCAAAAUACAGGUGACAGUGCAAUGACACCUACGGUCACGUGCUUAAACACACGCAAGCAAACAGAAGGAUCCAACUCAACAAGGCCUCCAGGCUUGGGUGUUAAUGGUCAUCGAUCUGCUCUGAGUGAAAUUAGAAAAAGGUGCCAGCAGAUUGGAUAUCAGAUCCUCAUUAGAUGAACUGACUCUCCUGUUUGCCUGUUCAUGUUAUCAAGGAUAGUUUGAAUUAAGUCAGGCUCGUGUCUAUCAAAGGAGCACUUCCUUUAUGUAGUUGUGUAGGAGGUAUUUCAGCACAGGUUUUGUAGCCAAUGUAACGUUUCUGUUAUAAAGACAGAAUAAAUGGGUGGCAAAAUCUGCAGUUUGAAAAAAGCCCAUGUUUUGGAGAGGACUAAGAAAAUCAGAUCUCCUUCUCUAGAUCAGCUUUCAAAACUUUUCAGGCUCAUUAAUGCACCCUAAUAACAGGUAAUUAAAGUAAUCCAGCCAAGAUGCAGAGAGAAAAAAUGUCAUGGACUGAAUCUGAAUCAUUAUCAGACCAGACAUGUCAUUUUUGUCAUUUAGGCUGAUGCCAUUUUGGACAUUCAUAUUACUAUAGAAAGUAAGUUUUUGGUGUUAAAGGCCAAGCUGCAAAUAAUUUGUUGUCUCUGAGCAGAGGAAUAUUGGAUACCUAACUGCUGUCAUCUAGCUUUACUUUCAUAAGUAUAAUUCAUUUAACCUUGUGGAACUGCAUAACUGACUUUGAGGUGCAGGAUGUUCCCAUUUUUAACAUUUAUUUUUAACAGAUCUAUCUGUUAAAUAUGGUUUAAACCAUCUGUAUGCAGUCUCUGAGUGUUGAGUGUUGCAGUCUGUGUAACAGGAUGUGAUGUGAGUAGAAGCAGUAGGACCUGAGAGGACAAAUUCACAGAGAAACCAUCUGUCUGUACCAUUUCGUUUAAUGGAUACUUUGCUAAUUCAGAGGUUGUGCGAGACAUUCAAACUGCUGUUGGUGUUGAGUCGUGGUAGUUCAUUCAUUAAUGCCUCUCCAGAGUUUAAAGACAAAGACAGGCUGUUCCACUUCUUUGGUUUGAGGCUAAGUGUUAGAGCGACUGACACUGCCAUGACAAUUUUAGCUUGUUAAAAGAGUGAAGCUUUUAUGUUGACCAAAAUGUUAUCAUCACAUGAAACUUUCAUGACUCCAGAAUCCUGGACAGGCACAAAUCUUCCUGUUUUUCUCUGUGUUUAUGUCCAUGCAUGAUUGUUUUACUUCUAAAAAAAAUGGUUUAACUGCUAUCUGUCCUUUGAUUUUGGUUUUCUGUUUAUAGUUUCUCCUGCAGCAGAGCGGCUGCGUCACAUACUGGGGGACGAUGAUGGCACACCAACACCCACAAUAUUCACUGAGAUGGACACACUGCAGCAUGAUGGGGACGAGUUAGAAUGGAAAGAGUCUGCGAGGUGUGCGCGCGCACACACACACAGACACACACAAAAUAUACAGGCUUCAAAGCUUUCAUUAGUUUAGGAUUUGGGGUCACCUUUGAAAGGAUUUAGAGGUUGAGGGCUGGGAAAUAGUCGCUGCUGGGUGGGAAGCUUUUAACACUUGAUGUGAUUAAAGAUACACUUUAAAUUACACAGGGGGCAUCCUGCUGCUUGGUACUCCUGAAAUUGGAUAAAUCAAUCACUGUCUUUCUUUAAUCAUCCCCGUAGGUGGGUGAAGUUUGAGGAAAAAGUUGAAGAAGGAGGAGAGAGAUGGAGCAAGCCUCACGUCUCCACGUUGACCCUGCACAGCCUAUUUGAGCUCAGGACGUGUUUGCAGACCGGGAGCAUUCUUCUUGACUUAGAAGGCUACUCUCUGCCACAGAUAGUGGGUGAGUGUGAAAGAAUUCAAUCAGAGAUCCGCUUUGAGGAAAACUACACUCAUUUUAGAUGCAAAAUGUUCAGCAUCUAUGAUUUCUAAUUCUUCAGGCAAAAUGUCUCAAGUAAGUCCAGUUGUCCUUUCCAAAAGAAGGUCAAAUUUUGAUCCAUCAGACCACAAGACAGUUUUUCUCGUCCCCUCAGUCCACCUUAAUGGACUCAGGUCCAGAAAAGUCGUGAGCCACUUUUCACCUGCACAUGUGAAUGCCGCAACAGAUGGUGGUUUUUGGAAGUGAUUUUGAGUCUUGUCUGUUUUGUAGGCAGUGCUGCCUGUGGGCGUGAAGAUCAGGGCCAUCCAGUAUUGAUUUAAAAUGAUUUUUUUAAAUCUUCAAUUUUAUUCUCUUGACAUUUUCACAGCUCCUCAUUCACACCGAUAUUUCCCUACCUGAACAUAAUAUGGGAUACAGCCCAGUUGUUGCAUUAUCUAGAAGAAAUCAAUUCACUUCUUGUAUUAGAAGGCUGUAAUGUAACGCAUGCAAUGGUGACCAUGAGUCACAUUACAGUUUGACCACGUUCCAUAAAAGACUCAGCAUUGAUUGAAUCCUGUCCACUGAGCUGAGUGAACUGAAAACACAACAUUGACUGAUUGUUCUGUUAGGAAACCGUUUUAAAGUCAGACCUGCAAACACGGAGGAAAAGACUAACUACUUGGUUUGUCUGAGCAAAACCGCUGCUGAAAUUACUUGACUAAUUCAUGUACAAACUUAAAUGGUAUGCUAUUACUACACCUGCUUAGUAAUAGCAUACCAUUGGGACUCAAUAUCAAGCUUUGACUAAAACAAAACAAAUCAAUGUUUUAAGUGGAUAACUGAUUUUUAAAGACCCACGCUGAUGAAAAUCAUGUUUUUCUUGUUGUCUACAUGUUCAUUUGUUUAUUUUUCUGAUGCUACAGGACAUAUCAUGAGGAAACUCAGUGCCAAAUUGCAUUUCAGAGUAUUUCUGCAUUCAUCUUUGGCAGACCCAGAACAGCAGGAUCAGAUACACUGAGAUUUCCCACGUAGCAAAUCCGAGCUUCACCCCCGGAGUCCCGCUAUGCAGGCCAGAGUCGUAGAAGUAGAGAGGACAAUUGCAGAACAAGCGUGUGCAUUAGCUGAUUGCAAUGCUCAUAAGAAAGCUAAUUAUAAUAUUACAUUUCAUCAUGUCUCCAAAGACAUUGGUGUCCAAGAGCUGAAAAGCUCCUAUGUUACCUGCCACUUCAAUUAAGCCAACAAUGUUGGGCUGCAAGCUACCAUGGAGAGGAGAGUGUAGAGCAGCACUGUCUCCGCCCACGACUUAGAGGCGAAUUGUUAAUGAGCUACUAGAGCUCUGCAGAAGAAAAGCUCUUACAAAUAACACAGGUAACAUGAAUUUGGAAAAAAAAACUUCAAAAUCACAAUUUUAAGACCACAGAGAACACUUUAAACGAUCGGAGUGGAACCAAUUUAUUACAAAAUGACAGAAUUUAUACAAAAUUGUUGAAGAUGUUCAUCCAGCUGUUCUGUUCACUUGAAAUCUAGAUGACAUUGUGGACCGGCAGAUAGCUGAUGGUCUCAUAAAUCCAGAUCUGAAGGAGAAGAUCAGCUUUGUGUUGCUCAGAAAGCAUCGUCACCAGACCAAGAAACCCAUCCACCGCUCACUGGCAGAUAUCGGAAAGUCCUCAAACACUGCUUCCAGUAAGUUUCCAUGACCUGGUUUUUCACCACUAACCUGUAAUCAAGCCAAUCAAAUCUUACAUUAACACCUGAACGCUUUUGUUUCCUUCCAUGCUAACAAACACCUGUGCCAAUCUCUCUGUUAAUCGAUCUUUCUAUUCUGUUUUUUAAUCUUGUGCUGCUGCUGCUGCUGCUGCUGCUCUAUCAGACCGUAGUCCACAUGCUAAUCUGAAUCGUAGCACUAGUUCAGCCUCUGGGAUCCACCGCUCCACAGAAGACCUACGCUCACGACAGUCAGGCAGCCUUGGUCGUCUGCGUGAGUCUAAAGAACACGACACUUAACCAACAUCCUCACCAGUUACUUCCAUUUUUACAAUGUCCCACAAACUAUCACACCACAGUUAUCUGACCUUUCACAUCCCUGUGUAUCUUGUUUUCUCUAGUUAAAGUGAUCUAAUGAAUCCUCAGAUGUUACUGGUGAACCUCUGGAGGGGUCAGACCAAGGCUUUAUUACAAGGCUUAAUUCAGAAGACAGCAGUUCUGCAGGUCUAUUAGAAAGAUCAGUCAGGACCCUGUUGUAAUCUGUAGGACCCUGGUACACCUUGACCAUACCUUGCAGUACUUUUGCAAUGAUAUGUCCAACAUUAAAACAUAUAACAGAUUAUCAUGAAGUUGCGUGUGCUGAUUGGCUUGUUUACCUCAUGUUUGGAUGAUGAAAUGUGCCCCUAAAAAAUACUGAUUUCAUAAAUAUUGAUGAAUUAAUCAGAAAGGAUGUUUUCUGCACAAUCUGUACUUUUCCUACCAAACAUUUGAAGCUCUCUUUUUUAGGAAUAUUUGAUGUGCUUUCAUUUGAAUAUAUCUCCACUAUGCAACUAGCUUGUGAACACUGAUUCAAAAACAAUUGUAAUUUGGAGGUUUGAAACAUUAGCAACAUAAAAGAAUUUGCAGAAUUUGUGUUUUUAUAAUCCGACUAAGAGAAGAGACUCAGCGUUAGUGUCAGAACUUCUAACAAAGUGAUGAAUCUAAAAGACUUUUCAAGCAUUUGUAAUCACUUCCCAGAAUUAAGACUUUGCACUCUCAGCUUUUUUAAUAAACUACUGUUCCUGAAUGUUUUAACUGACCCUGAUCCUAACUUAAUCCCUGCUCAUGGUUUUAACACUUGAUUUAUCUUUGUGUUCAUACGCUACAGUCUGAUUUUUUACAGAAUGAGCAUUUGCAUUAGAGAUUUUGGUCCUAUUGUAUACACACUUUGAAAGGUAUUUUGGGGAGGAUUAAGAGGGUUUUUUGGGGGGGUCUGAGUGGUUUGUUUUUGUUCUCUCCUUAUUUAAUUUUAUCUGUUUCCAAAUCUGCUUUAAAAAAAAAAGGGAAAUGAGUCAUUAAAUCACAAUCUGCCUGAGAGGAAUAAUUGGUGAAGUUCUAGGACUCAUUCUGGACAUCCCUGAAUGCCCCCUCUGUCCUCUCGUUUUUCUCUGCUAUUUCUGACAUCCAACAAAUAAUUAAGCUCUUCCACCUUUUAACUACUGUGUCACAUUAAAUGUUCAAAUAUCACAUUGAAGUGUGUUGUUCAUUUACAGAUCCUGCACAAAGUCGAAGCAUGAAUGAUAUUUCAGACACACCAAGCACAGACCAGGUAACUGCAGUAUUUAGUAUUUCUUUUUCAUGUGUGCAGCAGUGGGUGAAUUUGUAUCCAUCCAGUAUAUAGACAAGUAUUUGUCAUUAAAACUGACAGAUUUUCUUUUGCACUUCUGAAGAAUCAGUGUAGCGCCUCUCUGUCUUCAGUACCACAUGUAUGCCCUGUCACUAUCAGAGCUGAUAUUGAUUUAUAAUGAGCUGAUCUCCUGUUGCCUGUGGGUAAGAAUAAUGAUGUUUAAACCUCAGUUCUGCUGUAACACACUCUCCAUUUCUAUGUGCAUGGUUCGGUUGUUGUUUGUUUGUGUUUCAUGAAAAGUUGAACUUUACUUUAUGAGGAGGUAUACAGAGUCAUUAGGACUAUUUAAUCCUUCUAAGCCACACAGCCGGGUUGCUAAAGGGGGAAUUUGUUGAAUUGUGUUUUUGCCAGAAUGUGUGUUUGGACUUAUGACUGUGUUUGUUUGUGCGCAGAUUUCAAACUCCUUUUGAGUUUUGUGGCUAAUUUAUUUAACUUCUCAAAAUGAUGCACAACAAUGAAGUUAGUUUCUGUUGGCCUGCAGCAAAGUGAACAAAGACUUGAGACUCUGUUCAGUAGUAUCAGACACAGGCUGCAUACAUUUAAGAUGUGUUUGUCAUCAGGGGAAAAGAUCUUGACCCCACAGCCUGACAUGAACUCAAACAUGGCGACCCUGGACUCUGAUUUAAUUAUUAUUGACAGAGGCUGGCGUAACACCUCCAGCUUUCUUUGAUCUGACCGACACGCACUCUGAUACAAUUAAACACAUGAUGUAAUAACAUGCAACAUCUAUUGAGGGACUACAAAAUCACCAAAUCACUUGAACCCAGCUGAAGGCUGAAGCUCAAACUUAGACUGAAUACGUACCUUCUUCUUUAAUUAGUUUGUAGUGUGUGUGAGAUCGAAAUGUAUUGUUUAAAGUUGCUUAGGACCCAAGAGUGAGGAGAAAGUGGACGAGGACCAGUUGGUGAAUUGACUCUGAAAGCAUUAACAGAUUACAGGGAGAUUUUAAUUUAAGCACCCACCACUCCACUGCCACGUGCCUCCUUCGUUAAGAGGAGAAGGAGGGGUUUGCCAAAAGAGCGCUGCACAACUGUGUUGUGUGUUGGGAUUCUGUACAUGAUUCCAGGAAAACCAGAACCCCAAAGGUUCUGCGAAUAUGUAAUACUCAUUUAAUGACAACCAAAUUACAAGAUGAUUAAAGAUUCAAAGGUUCAUUAAAUUCUCACUAGUCGUGGUGAUAUAAAAGACUGGUGGAGGCUGGUCUUGUUGGUAAACCAUGUCAUACUGGUUUAUCUUAAGGAGAAGAAGUAGGAGCCAGAUCAACUGUGGCAAAACGCCAAAAGAGCUGGUGACUCUUUCUAGAUGAAUUUUGGUCUCACUCAUAAAAACAACAGUUACCCAAAAAAUGGUGGAACUUCCACAAGAGUGACUUUUAUAAAAAGUGGACCUGAACUUGUGUGGCUCUUGAGUGGAACCUUGGGACUUCUUCAGAUGGUCCUGACUUUCAGAGAAUGCUGUCAAAACAGGCGAAGAAGUGAAUGUUUGUUUUUUGCUUGGUGGUAAAAUCAUACACCCAGAGAGGGUUAAGUCCCCUAAGCAGCUCAGGUUCGAUUCUGACCUGUGGCACUUUGAAACCAGCAGGAAACAUUCUCAGGGAUACAUGAUUUUAUUUACCAACUCUAGUGUCAAUCCAUUGAGGAGAUGUUUGGACGAUUCUCUCUAGAUUAGGUGUCCCCCCCACCUUCUGCGGCAGGGGACGACGUGGCUCAGCAGGGUGAAAAGCUACCAAAAUGGUGAAACAAGGGGGGUGUUCUGAGACAGGCUGUUACCUGUGAAGAGGGGGUGCUCUAAAAACACCCCCCAAUUAGCACUUAGUUAGUUCCCCCUCAUGACAUUAACCGUAGACUGUAAAUUGACGCAGAAAAAAAAUCGAGUUGACCAACCAGAAUUUUUUUCAAAUCAGCAUGUAUCAACCUAUAAGUCAACCAGUCGACUAGGACUUUACAGCCCUGCUGGAUAUCAAAACUAUUAGUGUGCAUCCUCUGGGGUCCUAAACAUCUGUACCAGCUUCAGCCACAAUAAAUACAACAUACUUGUCUAAAUACGUCCCUUCUAAAGUGAAGGACCACAGAAGAAAUCGAUUGCGUCUUGGUAAUGAGGUUUAAGCGAUGAGCUCUUGCUCAAUGUUGGUAAAAAAAAUGAUAAAUGUAAGUGAGAGGGCUGCUGUCCACAUGAAAGGAGGAUCCCUCAUUGAUUAUUGUCCAAAAUCCUAUACGUCAUUUUCUGUAACGAUUUCAGUGGUGGAACUACCCUCGACUUGACGUCACCAGCUCACAUGAUGCGAUUAUCCAUCAACACACAGUAAAUUGAUCAUUGCACACAGGAGCAGCCUGGAGAGGUCAGCUGUAGUGCAACAUGCCUCAAACAUGUGAUUUCUGCUUAUGCUCUCCCUUCAUCUAUCUCUUUCUGCCAGUUGAAGAAUAAGUUCAUGAAGAAGAUUCCUCGUGAUGCCGAAGCAUCCAACGUCCUGAUUGGUGAAGUGGAUUUUCUGGACAAACCCUUUGUGUCUUUUGUACGUUUGGCCCAGGCCACGACUCUCGGAGGCCUGACGGAGGUCCCUGUGCCAACAAGGUGGGUGUCUCCUUGGUCCCCUUUUCAGCUAUCUCUUCAUUACUUUUCUUAACUGCCCUCUUCUGUGCUAACAGGUUUCUCUUCAUUCUCCUGGGUCCUCAUGGCAAAACCAAGUCCUACAAUGAAAUUGGCCGAGCCAUUGCUACGCUCAUGGUUGAUGAUGUAAGUGGAUUUUGAGACAAAACUUUAACACAUAUUGAAUCUGGAAUAAACUCUGUGAUCUCCUGUCAGCUCUUCAGUGACGUUGCCUACAAAGCAAGAGACCGCGAAGACCUGAUUGCAGGUGUUGAUGAGUUUCUGGAUGAGGUGAUUGUCCUUCCUCCAGGGGAAUGGGACCCAAAGAUACGCAUCGAGCCUCCCAAGAAGGUUCCAUCUGCAGAAAUGAGGCAUGCCAAUUUAUACCUCACUCACUCAGUGUUUCUUUAGCAGCUGAUCAAGAUUAGGACAAAACUUGACGUUCAUUUUGAAGCAAUCUUAAAACCCCCUCUGCCUGUUGCCUGAUGAAUAUUUGAGCUUCUGAGGACAAAUCAUUCAUAUUUCUAUGGAUUAUUUCAUGUUAUACAUCUCCAAACAAAUCCUGUCCUUCCAGUUCAAUCUUGUUCUGUCACCAUGUUUGCCUCAGGAAGUCUGUAAUGAACCUGAAUGAGCUGGGUCAAAUGAAUGGCUCAGCUGGUGGGGCAGCAGGAGGAGAAGAUGAGGAACUUCCAGCACCACAUGAACUGGGAGAGGAGCUGAAAUUCACUGGGAGGUAUGGGGAGACUGGAUGGUGUCUCAUCAUAUGUCACAAGGUCCAGUUACAUCCAAGUCCUGAUGUCUUAAUUCACAACACUGUGGUUUGCAGGUUUGGAGGGGGAUUAUGGCUGGACAUCAAACGGAAGAUCCCAUGGUACUGCAGUGAUAUCUAUGACGGCCUCCAUAUCCAGUCCAUCUCUGCUGUCCUCUUCAUCUACCUAGGCUGCAUCACCAAUGCCAUCACCUUUGGCGGAUUGCUAGGGGACGCUACCGACAAUUACCAGGUCUUUGAAAAGCUGCUGAACCCAGAGACAUCUGAAAAGAUGUGACUUCUCAUGACAGGUUGAUGACCAUGUCUAUGUCUGUCUCUUCUCUUCUUUUUCAAGGGGGUGAUGGAGAGUUUCCUCGGGACCGCUCUAGCAGGGACUGUCUUUUGUUUGUUUGGUGGGCAACCUCUCAUCAUCCUCAGCUCAACUGGACCCAUUCUUAUCUUUGAGAAACUGCUAUAUGAAUUCAGCAAGUACGUUACACACAACCAGAAGCAUGAGUAGAGUACAGGUGACCACCUAAGCAAUGAUGCAAGCACUCUGUUUUUCUUUACAGAAGCAACAACGUUGACUACAUGGAGCUGCGUCUGUGGAUCGGCCUCCACUCGUGUCUACAGUGUUUCCUGCUGGUACUCUCUGACGCCAGCUACAUUAUAAAGUACAUGACCCGCUUCACAGAGGAAGGUUUCUCCAGCCUCAUCUCCUUCAUUUUCAUCUCUGAUGCCAUCAAGAAAAUGGUAACUUUUCUACUUGUCAGUCAGAAGAAUUAACAGCCAUCCUGCCAGUAUGUACAUGUAUCAUUUCUUUAGGUUGACCACCUGGAGGAAACUCCACAGGCUGCAACACCACAAUCUGUGAAAAGAAGUCUUGUUGUGAACUGAGUCCAUUGUCUUAACUGUCAGUUUUGCCUCUUUUUGGAUGCAGCAAUAGAAGUUAAAAAAGAUAAUUUAACAGUCAAUCUUUUGGCUUACCCACAUACAUACCCACCUAAUGUGGUCUAGAGCUAGAGCCCCAGAAAAUAAAGAUUGUAAUGGCCAAAAUACCAAACUGAACUAGAGCCCCAGUGGGGCACUGGCGGGCCCCACCGCGACCGCCACCCCCAUUGUGGUCGCCCCCUCCGGCCGUCGCCCCACGCUCCGGCUCUCGCUUCCCUGCGCCGCUGUCACGCCCCAGCUGUCGCCCGUCGCCACUGUCGCCUCACCUAGCCAUCGCCUUCCUCUAGUGGUCGUUCGCCGCAUUGCCGUGGCCAUGCCCCUCGCUCCACAAGCAACCUUCUUGCACCAAAGGCGAGAAAAAAACCCAGUCGUCCUCCUUCACGUGCCAAGUCUACCUCAAUGUGACCUGCCACACUUAGUGUUGUAGCUAGGUGGCGCUGUCACAUACAGAGCCAAUUUUGGUGUCGAUUUUUCCGGGGCCGGACCAUUAUCAACAUACUAAAUUCUGGUGAAGGUCGGAGCACAAUUGGCCGAGUUACAGCCAAAUUAGUUAGCACGCCAAAACUCGUGACUUUGCUGCAGCGCCGCGGCCACGCCGUUUGGGGAGGAGUCACAAUUUUCAUUGUAAAACGACUUUAAUGUUCGCUGAGUAUUCAGGUUGUGGUAUGUUGCCAGUCAGAAAACACAGCCUGAGCUAGGUGGCAAGCGUGAAAAAUGAACAGCUGGCGGCCAUUUGGCGUGCUGAGAGGAAACGUCACAAAAAUUGUACUGUGGCGUCAUGGAAUACUUAUCAAUCUACUGUAGCAUUUUAACCUUCAUGGCAUCAACUAUGCAAGAGUUAUGAGCCCAAAAGUGAAAAAAAUACAUAUGAAAGAAGAAAUAGCUGACAACAAUUAUGACCAGUUGCAAAUACAAGCAAGAAAAUUGUACUGUGGCAUCAUUACCAAACGUCCUUAUGACUGUGUACAUCACUUUGAGUAAGUAGGAGUUAUAAAUCUAACAGGAAAAAUAAGUAAUUGCGUUAUUGUUAAAUGGCGCUGUCACAUACGCAGCCAAGUAGGAUGUUCAUCAUCCAAGGCCAGACUGUUACAACAUACUAGAUUUUGGUGAAGGUCGUAGCAGGUACAACCAAACUCCAGCCAAAUUAGUUAUCACAGCAAGUCAUGUGAUUUCAAAGCACCGCCAUGGCCACGUCCUUUGAUGAGGAGUCAAAAUACUCAUUUUGCAGCAACUUCAAAGUGUUCAGAGUAUUCUGGUCUUGGUUUGACACCAGUCGGAGAAACACAGCCUGAGCUGGAGGUGCAAGCGUAAAAACACACAUAUUCUUGCACCACCAGGGGGCGCAAUGAAGGAAAAUAAUUUUUUCUUUCUUUUUUCUAAUGUCUUUUGGGCCAGAUGUUACAUCAUCCCAGAAUUUUUGAGGCUGAUAGAUGAAAACAUGACAGAGAUAUAGCCAUUUAUUAAUUGGAACAAAACAGGUGACUUUGGCGGCCCCUGGAGGCCGAAUUGCUCAAUAUAUGCAAACGACGUUCAGAAGUUAUAUUUUCCAUGACGUGUUGGUUGGUGUGAGCAAAUAUGUUGAUCGGAGAAAAUACGAAAGAGUUAGGAGCUUUGGAAAACCUAUGCGAAUGAAAAAAAGUGCCCGAACAACCGCAAAUAUCUGGUUGCAAGUAGGUUUUCGAGAAACGCGAAUGGUGAAUUUCCGUGCGUCUCAGUGAGGUCUACGAGUGUGUAAAAUUUCGUGGGGCUGCGACCUAAAAAUUUUUUAAAUGUUUUUUUGGCGGCCCCUGGUGGCCACAUUUUUAAAGUUUUGAAAAAGUUCUUCUAAAUUUCUAUUCCCCUCCGAGUUAAGAUUGUACGAUGCAAAUUUUGUGGCGAUCGGACAAAAUCUCACUGACUUGAUGAAUUUGGUGUGGGGGGUGAAAACUGCCCGAACAGCUGGAAAUAUCUGGUUUCCUGUACGUUGUAGAGAAUCGGCUGCACUGACUUUUUUGUACAGCUCAUUGAGCUCUAUGUGCGUUUAAAAUUUCGUGCAGCUACGACAAAGUGGAGGCUCAUGAGAGUCUGUAGGGGGCGCUACAGAACCAUUUUGCAUUGAAUAUUUUGUGGCACUGCAAAAUGUCAAAUUUUUCACCAGGCCCGAGGGGCGUGCAAAAUUUCCUGACUUUUUUUGCAAGUUUAGGGGGUCAAAUUGGGAUCCAAGAGGGCCUUGCCUGUCGGCUGCUUUGCAGCCUUGGCUCGGGCCCUAACGAUGCCCCACCUACUUCUCAUCAGUCAAUAUUUUCUUCCACACAUUGUAAAAAUUAAGGUGCCCUGUCCACUGAUGCUAUUUUAGCACUGGCAGUUCCUUUUUUCUACUCAAUGCUCAUCAAUGACACUUCUUGACCACUGACCAAUCAGGAUCAAAAAUGGAAGGGAGUUCUGAAAAGGUGUUUGUCAACAACAACGGGGGCAGUCAGUAUGGAAAAGAAAGUGAUCAAACCUGUUUUAUGGAGGUACUAUUUCAAGGUCCAGAGCUCUCAAUAAAAUAAAAACAAAAUAUAUAUAUGUGUACUAUAUACUGUAGAUAAACUGUAGGCCCCUGCUCUUCACGCCGACAGGAAGACAGAUUGAUCAAACUCGGACCAGGAAAACGUUUUCAGGAAACCAGAAACCAUCAUGUAAUGUGUACUGUUGUUUAUUCUACCGCUACUGGCACGGCUAACAGUGUAGCAAGGCUAAUAGCAGGGGGCUGAAAAAUCUGUUGGGCCCUGGCUGUGACGCGAUGUCAAUCUUUUUUUUUUUUCAGCUUUUCAAUGUAAAAAGCUACUAAAGGCAAAUGAAGCAUGGGAGCAUCAUAAAACUAAUCUAACUGUUACCGCUAAAGGAAGCAGAAGUGCAGAGGGGACAAUUCUUGUAACCUAGCAACAGUAAAUGCUGGAGAGAAGGGCUCUGAAAUGAAGGUUGUGGGAGUGCCAGUGCAAUAAAUAGAUAGAUAAACAAAAACAACUCCAGUGGACACAGCUCCUAAUUGUGCCUGUUAAUGAGGUUAAGAGGACAAUAGCGAUAUACAGAGGGAAAAAUAAAACAGGUUUCCUUUCACAGGUAGGAGCCCUGAAGUAUUACCCCAUCAACCGUGGCUUCAAGCCUGACUACAUCACUGGUUAUAAAUGUGACUGUAUCCCACCAGACCAGGGUGAGUGCACUCUUUAGUUGACGUGUAACUUAUAACCACAUUUCAUAAAAAAUAAAUAUAAGGUUGUUUUAGUUUAAUUCUUUCAAAUGUAGAAGUGUUUGGAAUUGUGGAAAGUCUCUUUUCUCGUUUUCAGUUAGAAAAAGUGGAUGUCAAACUUGUGCCAUUAAAAUAAGUAUUGAUCUGGAAUUAGACAGAUUAGCCCAGCUGAUCACAAAGAUUGCAAACAAGCAGAAAUAGCCAGCUCGGCAAAACACAACACUUCUUACGCUCACUAGUUGAUAACCGUUAAUUCAAGUGUUUUGUUUAUAAUCAAAGAAAAAAAACUUUUUUAAAUUAGGAUACUGUUCGACACAAAUUGAUUAUUGAUUAUAGAUACGAACGUUUGGUCUUUGAUCCUUUGUAAUUUGUGUUUUAUGUCUGUUUCUACCUCACCUUUGGAUGCCGUCUAAGUGAGUAUGCAUGUGUGGAAGCUACUGAAGCAUGUUUCAAUAUUCUACUUUCAAGCCUUGCAGCUAUAAAGUUAAUUUGCUUUUCCUCUGUUUCCAUCCGUGUUUGUGCUCUUCAGCAUCUUCAAUCUUUCAGCUCCACUUGCAGAUGAUAAUCUGACUCUGUUGGUAAGUGACAAGAAAACAUCCUUCACAUUGAUCUGUUUUCAUCCCUUUGUGUUAGAGGCUGCUAAUUCAAUCACCAAAUGCUCCUCUAAAGUGGUUUGUAUUUCCUUACUAUAAUAAUCUAAUUAUAGUAAUGGUCCAUAUUUACCCUUAAGGUAGGGAAUCACUCUUGUCUGACAGAAUAUCUGAGAAGCACAGUUUUUGGUCCUUCUGAAGGUAUGAGAAGUCAAGUAUUCAUCAGCUUUCCUGUGCUUUUGGACCAAAUAACUCCACUGAUGCUUAAACUUUCAAAGUCUCACAGGAGAUGAUGUAAAGGAGAGUUUUUUUUUUAUCUUUCCGAGUUGUUUUUUUCUGCUGGUGGCGGCCAAUCCAUCGUGAAAGAUGACCUUUUACUUUGGAGGAUGGUUGGAUCAGUUCAGCAAAAACUGAGGAGAAAGUUAUUUAGAUGAAAGUUUGUCUCAUCACAACUUUACUCUUGGUCAGUCAAGUGAAAUACCACAUCAAGGGUCGACUGUUUUAUAGCAAAUGAUCGUUCUCCUGCCGUUUCUCUCUUUGAUGUCUGCUUUCUCUCCACUUUCAACUUCAUCCCCUACGGCUCUUUCCUAUUUCUCGUCUUCCUCUCCCCAUCCCAACUGUCUCCCCUCUUCCAUUACGUCCUUCUUCCAUCUUGCCUCGCCUCUGUAGUUUAACUUGACUGACAUGGACUGGAGUCAGAUGAGUAAGAAAGACUGCGUAAAGUAUGGAGGCAUGCUGGUGGGGAAGGCCUGUAAGUAUGUUCCUGAUCUGGCCCUCAUGUCCUUCAUCCUCUUCUUCGGCACUUACUCAAUGACGGUUUCUCUGAAGAAGUUCAAGUUCAGUCGAUACUUUCCAACAAAGGUGAGACUUCAGAUGUUCAAACCUGCUAUAAAAGUCAAUGCUGAUUUGGUGUCAGUUCAAUCGAAAGCACUUCCUUACUGGUGUAAGGCUGACAUAACGAACGUAACAAGGCAGUGGGCCCCACUUUAAACCAAACUGUGGCUAUCUAUUUUCCUUUAGUUCGAACAGAAAUUUCAUAGUGACAAACCAGUCUGUUAGGGGCCUGUAAGUCCUCUUUACAGGCUAGCAUCCACAUUGGUAAACACAGCCAACAGACAUCUUCAACUCCAUUCAGAUCAAAAUACAGACAAGCUACUCAACACUACCAGCUGUCUACUGUGAUUGGCUACAUCCAGGUAGUAAAGCAUUACUUCAUUAUAGCAGUAGUCUUUAAUAUGAGCUACACCUGCUGCACUACAGCUUAUACACUUACAUACAGUAUAUGAACCUGUUUCAAGUCUGAUAUAGGGAAAACAAAUCAACAGUCUGUUUUACUAACAAAUAUGUCUGGUGCUGACGCGAUAGAAUGACAACAUUUAAUCGCUGAGUCAACUAAAUGCAUACAUCUAUCACAGUGCAAAUGUUGAUGCUACUUUCUCACUGAUGCACUUCUCAUUUUCACACCCAGUGCCUCGAUACUUGCACCCUCCUGUGUGCCUUAAAGCAGGUUGAUGAGGUCAGGAGCACUGGUGGCAAAAUGCAGUCUUUGUGCAGCAGAAAGACGCACUUCCUCAAGUACCUGGUUUGAAACUGAUGGCGUUUGUGCCUGCUGUUUUUCAGCUCAUUAUUCAAACAGCAAGAUGCCAAGAACAAGCGGCAGAAACUGAUUGCCUUUCAACUCGCUGAGUUUGACGUAUAAAUAGAAUAUACGAUUGUUCAUACAGACAAGCACCUUACUUUGACCCUGGAUCGGCCCUGUUUAUCGAGAAUAAGUGAUUCUGCACAUGAAGUCAGGCCACUCUGGGUAAGCACAAGAGACCGUGUAACUCACGGUCUUUUGUUGUCCAAAAGUCUUAAAAAUGUACCUGUCCUGCCUGAAAAAAAAACAGGGGCCAUGCAUCCAGCUCCACGGGGCUUCACCGAGGCCCAAUGGUAAUUUGAGCCAAAUUAUAUUUCCGUGAUACUAAAAUGCCUUUGUUCUGCAGUCAUUAUGUUUGUUUUGAGAGUGGUCAUGAUUUCUUUUGCCAUUUGGUUCUGAGAUCAAGAGUUUAUUCCCACAGUGUGAACUGAGUCACAGCCUAAAACUAUGUAGUCUUUUACAAAAACAUUUCUCUGAACUCUGUACGCUACAGUUUUUGAAAAUCUAAAAGAUAAUGGAAUGGCUUCACGACACAAAUCUGCAUGAUGAUUUGAAAAUACACCCCUAGCACCCAGCUCUAUUCCUCCCUCCUCCUGGUCCAGAUUGUCACCCUUUAAUGUCCAUACAUGAAUUUGUUCCCCAUGUUCUUCUCCUCUCCUCUCCUCCCUUCCCCUCUCCUUUCUUCUCCUUUCCUUUCCUCUCCUCUCCUCUCCCGUGCUCCAGGUCCGUUCCCUCGUCAGUGAUUUCUCCAUCAUCAUUUCUAUCCUGACAUUUUGUGGACUGGAUUGCUUGCUUGAUCUGGACACCCCCAAACUCAACGUACCCACUGAGCUGAAGGUUCCCAUCAAGCCGCUCUCAUCAUUUCUUCUUGGAUGCACUUCUUUGCUUUCACACAUUUCUAACCAAUCACAGAGGUUUUGUGUAGAUAUAUAAAUGUAGAUGAUUUCUGUUCUGAGUGAUCUUUUUCUGUUUCUCUGUGUUUCCACCUUUCUCUUGUGUCUCCUCUCUUUUCCACCCUACCACACACUCCUGUUUGUUGUCUGUUUGUGUGUGUGUGUGUGUGUACCAAUGGACGUGUAGCUGAGGAAGCUCAUCAGUGAUUUUGCCAUCUUCAUGUCAAUCAUGUGCUUUGUGGGUCUGGAUAUGUUGAUGGGGUUAGAAACACCCAAACUAAUAGUUCCCACUGAGUUCAAGGUAAAUCACUCCUCCCUUUAGUUUGUCUUUAAAUUGUCUUCUUUUAAUACAUGAAUCUGUGUAUCUGUGUUUUACUGUGUUUUUAAUAGUGGUGAAAAGUAGAUUUAUAACUAACAAAAUUCCACUUCAACUUCUUGGUGCUGGUUAUGCAACUACUAGUUUGUUGUUUUAACAGUUCAGUCUUUCACACACUGCAAACUAUUUGAGAAGGGAACUUACAUAAUGUCAGGUAUACUACAUGGAAUCAAAUCUCAGACUUGGUUACAGCUGGGAGCAUUUAGGCGCGUAGGAUAGGUUAAAACUGUCCCCCUAUCAAAACCAAUGCAAUCAAUCAAAGUACCUUUAGAGGUAAACGUGCACACUUUUCAGAUUCAGUUCAACGAUUCACUUAAAAAAAUACUAUUUACGCAUAAAUCAUCAUGAAUUUAAAUGAAAAGAGCAGCUUCCCAAUAUUACACUAAUAUUAGCCCUGAUAAAUCAAAACAUGACUCAUAUAUAUAUUUUUUUCUGUUACAGCUGCCUGUUAUUAAUCCAGUAUUGCAUCAAUACUCUUGGAUAUUAUCACUUCCUCCAUAAAUUUUACAACUUCACUCUGAUUUUGCUGGUCACACUUAUCCAAGUGAUUUUUUGGGGCUGAUGCCGAUACCGAUUAUUAGGGGGGAAAAAAAAUACAAUUACCAAUUAAUUGCCAGAUUUUUAAAGUUUUUUUAUGAAGUUAUAAAAAUAUAUAUAUAAAGUAGAUAUCUACAGUAUACUAUAUACUGUAUAUACUGUAUACUGAAGAUAUGCUGUAGGUUACUGCUCCUCACGCCGACAGGAAGACCGACUGAUCAAACUCAGACCAGAAAAGCAUUUUCAACUCCCCCCCCCCCCCCCCCCCAACUCACAUUACAGAUUCCUGGUCCGGUCUCAUCUAGAGACAUGCAGCUGCCUCAGUACGAGAAGUAGCUCGAUCGCGUAAUGUGUACUGUUGUUUAUUCUACCGUUACUGGCACGGCUAACAGUGUAGCAAGGCUAAUAGCAGGUGGCUAACUCUAACUUUAGCUUGCAUAUUACAUGGUGCUUCACCGUUAACUCAGCGUGACCGAGACCAGCACAGCGGGGAACAUUGUGAAGUGGGUUGAACUGAAACUUGUUGACUUAUUGUGUAUUUCACAAACUGGUUUAUUUACUGUUGAGGCAGACCACUCUCCUCCGUGCGUCCCUGAGCUGCCUGCUUCAGAUCUGUCACUCUGCUGUGCUGUGAGGUAGUUAGUGGAUGAAGAUUGUCAUGAGGUCCCUGCGCCAUCUACAGGAUAAGUCGGGGAACUUUUCAAAUGGCAGAACAUUUUCGAAGUGAAACCGAAUCUUAUUCUCCGCAUUUUAUUUCUGAAAAUAUCAGCGAAAAUCUAGGAGUUUUGGCCGAUUACCGAUUAGUCUCAAACAGGCUAAAAUUGGCUGAUUUAAUCGGCUCGCCGAUAAAUCGGUCAGGCCCUAAUAUAAACCUUCCUCAUCACUGCCUACAAGUGCAUUUCAGUUUAGCACCUUAAAUGUGAAGCAUUUGAUUUUAUGAGGAAUAUUUAAACUGUUAUCAUCCCACCUGUAUCACACAAUAAUUAAUGUAAUAUUUCGAUGUGUGUGUGUGUGUGUGUGUGUGUGUGUGUGUGUGUGUGUGUGUGUGUGUGUGUGUGUGUGUGUGUGUGUGUGUGUGUGAUCAGCCUACCCGUGCUGAUAGAGGCUGGCUGGUGAUGCCGUUUGGUAAGAACCCCUGGUGGUGGUAUCUGGCCAGCUCCAUCCCCGCUCUCCUGGUCACCAUCCUCAUCUUCAUGGACCAGCAGAUUAGCGCCGUCAUCGUCAACCGCAAGGAAAACAAGCUGAAGGUCAGAAAAUAGACAGGAAAUGAAGGAAACGAUGACAAAAACAGCCUUAGCUCAUUGUAGCGAAAAUGUUCAAGUCUCACGCCUCAAGCCCGGAUAUGAAAAUGUGUUGAAUGUUGAUAUAUAAACAGCUGCAAACAUGCCUGGCUCUGUUCUUGAAAUACCAGUCAUUAGGAAAAUUGAUGCUUAUGAAAUGACCUCCUUUGACCUCUUCAAGUCAGACAGAGAUGGAAACCCGCACAAACAACCGCCAGCAUAUCAAUACUUGUACUGACCGAACCACUCAUCCAUUGUGUUACAUUAGCAGGCAGAACAUCAUGCAUGACUGUGUUACUAUUUACAGCAAUUUUAUGGCUUCAUCCCGGUGUCUGUGACUCAGGAGAUAGAGCGAGGUGUCCCCAUACCAGAUGAUCGCUGCCUCAAUCAGUCUGUGUUGAAGUGUCCUUGAGGAAAGACACUAACCCCAAAUCGGUCCCCUGAGCAUAACUGUCAGCAUGUGAAUGUGUGAGAAUGAAAACCAUUAGAAAACCAUUAGAGAGGUAUAAAAUGAGAAAGACGUCAUUUAUUUACCAUUUAUUUCAAACGUGACAAUUCUGUAAACCAUCACUAUAGGCAUACAUUGAACAGUACCAAUAAAACAGAUAGAAAGAUACUUAUUUAGGCAAACUUUACCCAAACAGGUUUUACAAUUCAGGAUAAAAUUUAGAGUUAAAUAGGACGUACUGCACAUGGAAAAAAAAAAUAAAGAAAAAUUUGAAAACAUGACGAUGAGAUUUGUCCUACUGCCCUGUCCUUCUUAAAAACUCCCCUUCAUAUUCAUACACUGAGCCUCUGAAUAUAACUGGAAUAUACUUGGUCAAAAAAAAAAACUGAUGGUCUAACAGUCUCAGGGCUUUCACAUUUCCUGUCGUUGUGAUUGCAGAAAGGUUGUGGUUACCACUUGGACCUGUUCUGGGUCGGGGUCCUCAUGGCUGUGUGCUCCUUCAUGGGUCUGCCCUGGUAUGUAGCUGCUACCGUCAUCUCCAUUGCUCACAUCGACUCUCUGAAGAUGGAGAGUGAGUCCAGCGCCCCUGGAGAGCAGCCACAGUUCCUGGGUGUCAGGUAAGAGUGUAAUCCUGUGACAGCACAAGCAAAUCCUUUCCCACUGUCUGCCUCUAGACCAACACGAAUCCUUGUUUUUCAGGGAGCAGAGGCUGACAGGAACUCUGGUCUUUGUCCUGACAGGGCUUUCAGUUUUCCUUGCUCCAAUCCUCCAGGUAAAGCAUGAAGAUUAUUAGAAAAUGUUUGUUUUUAUUUUCACAUAAAAAAUGAUACAACUUUAACAACAUAUUAAAACUUCUGUUCCAUUUUACACAGUAUAUCCCCAUGCCAGUCCUGUAUGGAGUCUUCCUUUACAUGGGAGUGGCCUCACUGAGUGGCAUCCAGGUAGGGCAAAGCUGACUUCCAGAUAUCCAUGUUUUCCUUUUAAAUCCCAGAGAAGGGUCACAGGAAUACUCACUGCUGUUUAAGUUUUAAAAGUUCACACUUCUCUCUACUUUCUGUCUGUCUUGGUUUCAGUUCUGGGAGCGUAUCAAACUGUAUCUGAUGCCUCCCAAACACCAGCCAGACUUCUCCUUCCUGCGUCACGUUCCUCUGAGACGUGUCCAUCUCUUCACCCUGGUGCAAAUCCUCUGUUUAGCUGUGCUGUGGAUCCUGAAGUCCACCUUCCUGGCUAUCAUCUUUCCAGUGAUGGUGAGAGUAGCACAGUCAUUUAAGAUGCAGAAAAAGCUCUGACUCUAGCAGCUGGGAAUGCAAUGGUCCUGGUGUCUAAAUGGACAGAAAACAGUCUUUAACCAAAGGUGGUUCAGCUGCAAAGCAGUAAAAACUUGACCCUGGCUUUUACAAAUAUGGUCAGUGCAGUUUAGUGCAGAAUAACUCACCUUUUAAAAACAUAUUAACUUCUCGAUGUGGGGUCUGACUUUGUUCAUAACCACACAAAACUCAAUGCUGACAGUCUUCGACUGAAAGAUGAAAUAUCUGCACUAAUUUUGACACAAACACUUAGGCGUUCCGGGAUGAUACAUUUCUGCCAUCCUCUACACUGACUUUGUCAUACAAAGAAAAACCUUUCAGAGCGCCCCUUUCUUCGUGUUCUGUCUUUGUAGUGUAAACUGAGCAUGAUAUUUGUCAAGUUCUCUAUGGUUUCCAUGCAAUCCCCACUUGAAAGGGAUGAGUCAUCUCCUCAGAGGUGUAGGAAGUGAAUUCACUCAAUGAACAAGCGGCUUUUCCUUCUUUGCAUCUUUUAUGUCCAGGUGCAAUUCUUAGGUGCAGUUUGCCAUUUGACAUAAGGUGAAAAACCUUUCAAAAAAAAAGAAAAAAGAAACACAUUUAAAUUCUCUACAAAAAUCACAAAUCAUAUACGAUCACAAGUUACUGCAAUAGAAAAUAAGCGUAGCAAAUAUCAGAAAAAAAAACCCAAUAAAUUUGUGAAACUCAACCCACUUACAAUUGAUUGCAAAUUAAGCUUUAACAUAAUACCAGGUAAGUAUGAAUCAGGUAAGUAUUAAUUUCACCACUUUCUAUAUAUGUAUUGUUGUUUUAUAUUUAUAUAUUAUAUUAUAUGUCUUCUUUAAUUAUUAAUUAAUUAAUUCAGAAUUUGCUGCUAAAGUUGUAAUAAUUGUUAACCUUAAAUGUAUUUAACAUGAAUUGUAUUUACCAUGAAUUUUACUGAUUUAACAAGACACAUUAAUUACUUUUUAACCUUAACCACAAUACACACAAAUCAAUUUUCAGUUUUAAUUGCAACAGUAAAAUUACACAAUAUUAUAACCCAGACAUGUUUGAAUUAUGAAAGUGUUAAUGAUUAUACUGUCUCUUAAUUGCCCUCAACAUUCAAUAAAAUUCAAUUAGCUUUCAAUUCAUAAUGAUUAAACACAUUUCCAAACCAAAGUGAAAUAUUUAAACUUACUUAAUACAUAAGCAACAACGUAAGCUAACUAUUUACGCCUAUUACAAUUGUAACCACAUUAAAUCAAUUCAGCAGUACAGCAAAACAGCAAUCAGCACACGUGGGCAUUAAACAGUUAACAAGCCAUGCACUACUUGCCGUGGCUAAGCUAUCGAUGGCUAUCUUCAACAGUUCGGCGUCUUACCGGCUGCCUCUCUGGUGUUUGUAGGUGCUCUGAUCUGCAUGGGCGAGUUGCAAACAAUGAUGGCACAGUGUCUCUGUCUGCCGCUGCCUUUCCGAUGUUUGUAGGCGCUCUUGUCCACAUGGGCGAGUUGCAAACAAUGGUUGAACAGUCUUUGUUUGCCGCUAUCUGCUUGGUGCUGCUGUCUGCUUGAUUGCUUCACCUGUGCUCAUGUGCGCCACCUAUUCCAGUCCGGCAGAUAUUGAUCUCACAGAGGUUCCUCCUCCCGUUUUUGUGAAGCUGCAUCAUUUCUUUGCUGACGCAUCUAAACCUCAAGUUUGACUUGACACCUCCCACUCGAUCUUCCUAUGGAAACACUGGGGAGAUCGCCGGCUUUAGAGGCAAACUUGUUGGUCGACAGGAUUGAUUGCUGACAUUUAGAACUGUUCCUCUGCAGGUAGUAAGACGAUGGGUCACCUGACGUCCCUGUGAAGGAUGAUGGCUUGGAUUUUCUCCCUUUCCUUUGGAUGAGUGGUUUUCCUUUUCAGAGCUCUUGUCAAGGGAACGCAGUAGCUUGGGAAGACUCUGACGUUGACGACCCUCACUUCUCCACAGCUUGAAUCAGCUCCACUAUCUUCCGCGGCUGAGUACUCCUGACAGCUGGCAUUUUUUUUUACUCUUUUACAAUUUCAAUGGCGAUGGAGGUUUGGUUGCCAUAGCGAUUACCCAGAACACGGAAGAUGUCAUCAGCAGUGUUGUAAGUGGUGAGGUGCAGAUCUCUUGUGAUUUUAUCAUCAAUGCUGUCCAGCAGCUGAAUCUUCUUCACCUCUUUCGAGCCGGUUGGCUCCCCCUGCUUUUGAAGUGCUUCCCAGUCUUUCCUCCAUCUGUAACAGUCACGUUUGUCCCCAGUAAACUUGGGGAGGGCUGUUGGUUUUAACUUAAUGGAUGGGGUUGAAUUACUUGAAUUAAUCAGUGACUGCGUUUGUUUUUCAGCAUCAUCCUUUAUCCUUGCCUGUAUGACAUCAGCCUUUCUAGACACCAAUAUGGGGAUGCAGAGCUCAAGCUCUUUUAGAUGACAUUGAAAUUCAUGCUGUGCAUCUGGAGGGACAAACAGCUGCCACCACCUGUACGCUUCCUUUGUAGUUUUUGCCAGCCCUUUCAGGUGGUUGAGCUUGAAUUCAAAUGCCUCCUGGCUAAUGUCUGGCUGAACAGCAUUAACACACUCACACUCCUCUUCUGCUGCCUGGACUGCGAUAGACAUCUCAAUCCUUCCAAAGUUGGCCCACAGAAUUUCCUGGAUUGGGCUUUUUGUCUCUUUUAGCUUCAGCUCACACUCUUUUGCAGUUUUUUCCAGAUCGGCUUUUUGCUGAUUGGUUAACACGGCUUCUCCAUCUGCGUCCAGCUCCGCCCCCAGCUCUGCAAUAAGUCCAGCCUCCAUAUCAUCAUUUGCCUCCAUGACUUUUCCAGCCUCAAUUGUGAGUUUACUGAAGCUGUGCCUAAGCUCCUCUUCAGACAUGUCAGCAUAUGCUCUUGUUAUACUGUUGACCAGGCGAGAAAACAUUCUCUUGGCUGUUGUCCUCUCCACUUUAAGUUGCUCCACAGUUUUUCCACUCACUUGGUCCACCAUGUCUCCACCUGCUGGUUGUUCACAGAAGUCCAACUCUUUUUGAUGCCUCAAUGUCUUUCUUGGUGAUGCCUUUUUCCAAGCUGAUUGUUUGCUUGUUUUUUCCGCCAGGACUCCAGUUUUUUCCUCUAGCUGAUCCAGCUGAUGCUCCCGGAUUUCUGCUCUCCUGGCUGUCCCAUUUCCUGGUCUCCCGGUUUUUCACUGUCAAGUUCUCUAUGGUUUCCAUGCAAUCCCCACUUGAAAGGGAUGAGUCAUCUACUCAGAGGUGUAGGAAGUGGAUUCACUUCUCUUUUGCAUCUUUUAUUUUCAGGUGCAAUUUUUAGGUGCAGUUUGCCAUUUGACAUUAGGUGAAAAACCUUUCAAAAGAAAAAAGAAACACAUUUGAUUACAAUUACAUCCUAAGAUGCUUCUCCUUCAUUCACUUUUGGUGAAUGUAGCCUUGGCCAGGAAGAGUUGAUGUCAUCAGGCGGUAUCCAAUGAUCACUGGGUGUUUCAACCCUGAACCGCAACACCCUCAACAUUGGUGGGUCAGCAGUGAUUGGCCAAAUCACUGCCCAUCAACUCCCCCUGGCUUCCAGCUAAGCUCCUCUCUCCUGCUCCAUAACCAGCAAGAGGCUCUUUCUGCUGCCUCCCCCAUCCUGCGAGCUGCUGUCUUUCUCUCCCUCCCCGUCACCCCAAUGGCUGUGAGCAUCCUCCAAACUGACUGGGCGGGGAAUCCUCUACAGCCGACCUCGACUGGGAACAGCCAUGCCUGCCAUCCUUUCCCCCUGCAAUCAUGUAAGAGAUCUUGGUAUUUGGCGCUCUUUCUUUCAAACGCUUGCUCACAACCCUCUUCCCAUGGGACUGUUAGUUCAAUGAGGAUGAUCUUCUUUGCCUCUUCAGACCACAGUACCGCGUCUGGCCUUAGGGUUGUCUGGACAACCUGGGGGAAUUUCAGUCUUCCCCCAGGUCUACCUUCAUUUCCCAUGAUUGGGCUUUUUGCAGCAGAUUGGUUCUUGUUGUUGCUGUGGUUGGUGGCUUUUGACCCUCUCUUACAAAUUUGAUCGAUGGUAUUGCUCUCCCAUGUGGUUGGCAUUUCUUGCGUCUCUCUUGCUCGAGGGUGUUAGCGAGUGUCAUGAGCACCUUAUCAUGGCGCCACCUGUAUCGUCCUUGGGCGAGUGCUGUUUUACACCCUGAUAGGAUGUGUGCCAUGGUUCCCCUCUCCCCGCAGAGCUUGCACAAAGGGUCUUCUCUCAGGCCCCACCUGUGCAAGUUUGUUGGAGUCGGGAGUGUGUCAUACACCGACCUGAGCAUAAAGGAGAUGCGGAAAGGCUCCAAUCUCCAUAGAUCUCCCCACGUGAUCUUUCUCUUGGGUAGGUCCCAUUUGGUCCAUGCUCCCUGGGACGCUAGCUCCACUGCCCUUGCCCUCGUCCUUCCUCCUCCAAGUUCCGUACUUCCUCCUGGAUCAUGGCUCUUUUGUCCUUGGAUCCUGCCUUCCCCCAUUGCUGGGUAUGGAAAGUUCCAAGACCUUGUCUUCCUGUGCAUGGUGUUCCGAUGAUGUCACGUAGCUUCAGCAUGCUUUCGGCUUGUGCCACAGAUGAGUCAGCUGCCCACUUGCGUCCUGAUCUUGUGAGGAUGCCUGCCUGCCUGACUUGUUCAUCCUGGGAGUCUCUGAAUGUCAUUAUGACUCUGCACUUUGCUACCUUAAAUUCCUACACCACGGAUGACAGAGGAAGUUGGAGCUGCCCUGAUCUUAUGUAGAGGCCUACUGAAGUGAAGCUUGGAGGGAUUCCCAGCCACCUUCUGAGGUACUUUUUGAUCUUCCUCUCCGCUCCUUCAACCCUUGUCAUGGGAACUUCAUACACUGUCAACAGCCACAUGAGUCUUGGCAGUAGUCCAUGUUGGUAAAGCCAUGCUUUGAACUUCCCCGGGAGCCCUGAUUUUUCGAUCCUCCUCAGCCAUUCCUCUGUCUGCUUUUCUGUACUGCUGAUGUUGUUCCUGUCCGUAAGUGAGUCGUCGAACCACUUCCCGAGACAUUUGAUUGGAUUUUCCUUUAUCGAUGGAAUCACUUCCCCUUGCACAUGCAGUGUGGCCCUGUUAGUCAGUUUACCUUUCCUGAUCACCAUACACCUGGAUUUCUUUGGCUUAAACUUCAUUCUGGCCCACGUUGCCAUGUGGUCCAGAACUGUUAGCACCCACCUCGCCUCCACAUGGGUUGUGGUUGUCACAGUAAGGUCGUCCAUGUAACCUCUUAUUGGGGGUUGUCGGAUGCCCAAUUGCAUUUUUGGGCCUCGAGCUUCCUUCCCAGCAGCUGUUAUGAGGAGGUUCAUUCCCAUGAUGAAGAGGAUGGGGGAGAUUGUACAGCCAGUUACGAUCCCUUUUUCCAGGUUUUGCCACUGGGUGGUAAAGUGGGGUGUCUUGAAUUGUAGCUGGAUUCCGCCAAAGUAGUUGAUGAUCAUUCCCUUGAUGUGCUGAGGGAUGAGGUAAUGGUCUAACGCUGCAUGGAUGAGGGCGUGAGGGAUUGAUCCAUAGGCAUUAGCCAAGUCCAGCCAAACGACAGUCAGGUUGUCAUUGUUGGCCUUGGCCUCCCGGAUCAUCUGACUGAGAACUCCGGUGUGUUCCAAGCAUCCAGAGAAGCCUGGGAUUCCACCUUUCUGGAUAGCGGUGUCGAUGUAUCCAUUCUCAGUCAUGUAUGAGGUCAUCCUCUUGGCCAGUACAGAGACGAAGAUCUUGCAUUCUACGCUUAACAGUGAGAUUGUUCUGAAUUGGUCUAUGGUUGAGGAGUUCUCUUCUUUUGGCACAAAACAGCCUUCUGCCUUUUUCCAACAGGAUGGAAUGGUGCCCUUCUUCCAGAUCCUCUGGAACAGCUUCCAUAGCCUCCGGAGGAGCAUUGGACACUUCUUAUACACCUUAUAAGGUAUGCCGCUUGGGCCGGGGGCAGAACCUGUUCUGGCCUUCUUCACCACCUCUUGGACUUCCUUCCAGGAUGGUUCGCUGAUGUUGAGCUCUCUUUCAGGUGGAGCAAUGCUGUCGAUCUUUGGGUUGGCAUCCAGGGCCUGAUUUCUGGAGAUGUCAUUGUGGGUCUCUCUCAGGAACGCCUCCACAUCUUCUCUGGGGCUGGUCAGUCUUCCAGAUUUUGCUUCACCCAGCAGUGUUCUGGUGAAUCGGAAGGGGUCUUUGGUGAACUGAGAUCUUUUGUUCUCCCUAUCCUUCCUCCUUUUCCGAGUGCUUUCUGCUCUUCGGAGUCUGCAGAGACGUUCUCGGAGUUGACUCGUCAGGUCCUUGAUGCCUUCCCUUUCAUCAACUGGGGAUCUUUUGAACUGCUUGUUGAGUGUCUUGAUUUCUUCCCUUAGGCGAUGGAUUUCCCUUUCUCUUCUGCUUGGUUGGUGUGCAGCCUUGAUGUUCACCUUCUUGUCCUCCAAUCCAAACCGCUCCUUUGCCAGAUUGUAGGUUAUUGUUGUGAGAGUAAUGACUUUCUGCUCAGCUGUCCCUGCUAGUGUGGCUUCUAGCACUUAAAUUAUGUACAAAAAUCACAAAUCAUAUUCUCUCACAAGUUACUGCAAUAGAAAAUAAGCAUAGCAAAUAUCAGAAAAAAAAAACAAUAAAUUUGUGAAUGUCAACCCACUCCCAAUUGAUUGCAAAUUAAGCUUUAACAUAAUACCAGGUAAGUAUGAAUCAGGUAGGUAUGAACCAGGUAAGUAUGAAUCAGGUAGGUAUAAACCAGGUAAGUAUGAAUCAGGUAAGUAUUAAUUUCACCACUUUAUUAAGUAUCACAGCAUAUUUACUCGAUCAAACAUUGCGGAAAUGUGCGUCACAACAGCCAAUUAGAGUCAAGCUUUUCCUGCUCACUUCUGUAAGUUGCCAGAGAAGUAAACAGAAUGACAGAACAUGGAGCUAAAUGUUGAGGGCAGCAAAAUAGAUGUCAGCCAUGACUUUGAGUAAUCCUCCAAAGAUGUUAUUGUUGAGAGGUUAUUCCAGGUCGGUUGUGUGGUGGUGGUUCGAGUAUCUCCAAAGUGACGUCGAGCAAUUAAGCCGAUGCGUAAGGUAUGUCGGCGGUCUGUGCCCUCAAAAACUGGGAACACAACAGAUCUGUUAAAUCAUUUGAAGAAGUUCUUCCCAAGUGAUUAUGAGGAAAACAUGAAAAUGUGGGGGGAGUCUGUACAGCCUGUCACUGCUGACAGCACAAGUAGCAUUAGCAGUUUAGCCACAACUAGCGGUGCAGCCACCAGACCAAAGCAGCGAUCAAUUGUAUCAUCUACGUUUACAUCAUCUAAUGUUUACAUUUUAAGGCAUCUUCAUUAUCCCUGAGGGGGCAAUUUGUUUAUUUUGGGUCUUGCAUACCUGCAAAAUCACUCAGGACUGUAAACUAGUUCACUGUAUUAUGUAGUAUUCAUCUACUUUUGUUGUACUGUUGAGUUAAAAUGUUUUUUUAUAUUUUUCUAAGUUAAUCUUAUUCUUUAUUUACUUUAUUUGUAUGUUGAGAAAAUGUUGAACUAAUCUCUAGUUUCUUUAGUUUUCAGUACAGAUACUUUAAAACUGGCAGUUAAAAAAAAUAGUGAUAACAAUGGAGAUCGGACGAUAUGACAAAAUAUAUUGUGAUCUUUUUUUUUGCCAAAUCGCCCAGGCCUAAAUUAAAGAAUAACAAACUUAGAGUUAAAAAGACAUGUACAUGAGUAUUAUUUACAAAGCCCAAUUCCAUUGAAGUUGGGAAAUUGUGAUAAACGUAAAUAAAAACAGAAUACAAUGAUUUGCAAAUCCUUUUCAACCUGUAUUCACUUGAAUACACUGCAAAGAUAAGAUAUUUAAUGUUCAAACUCAUAAGCUUAAUUUUUUUUUUUAAAUAAUCAUUAACUUUAGAAUUACAUGGCUGCAACACGUGGCAAAGAAGUUGGUAAAGGUGUCAAAAAAUCUUGAGAAAUUUGAGGAAUACUCAUCAAACACCUAAUCAGAACAUCCCACAGGUGAGCAGGCUAAUUGGGAACAGGUGGGUGCCAUGAUUGGGUAUAAAAGCAGCUUUCCCAAAAAUUCUCAGUCAUUCACAAGCCAGGAUGGGGCGAGGUUCACCACUUUGUGAACAACUGUGUGAGCAAAUAGUCGAACAGUUCAAGAACGUUUCUCAAAGUACAAUUGCAAGGAAUUUAGGGAUUUCAUCUACGGUCCAUAAUAUCAUCAAAAGGUUCAGAGAAUCUGGAGAAAUCACUGCAUGUAAGUGGCACGGCCAGAAACCAACAUUGAAUGCCCAUGACCUUCGAUCCCUCAGGCGGCACUGUAUCAAAAACCGACAUCAAUGUGUAAAGGAUAUCACCACAUGGGCUCAGGAACACUUCAGAAAAUUACUGUCAGUAAAUACAGUUUGUCGCUACAUCUGUAAGUGCAAGUUUAAACUCUACUAUGCAAAGCGAAAGCUUUGUCAACAAUACCAAUACCAACAAUACCCAGAAACGCUGUCGGCUUCUCUCUGGGCCUGAGCUCAUCUAAGAUGGACUAAUGCGAAGUGGAAAAGUGUUCUGUGGUCUGACGAGUCCACAUUUCAGAUUGUUUUUGGAAAUAGUGGACGUUGAGUGCUCCAGGCCAAAGAGGAAAAGAAUUAUCCGGACUGUUAUCGACGCAAAGUUCAAAAGUUAGCAUCUGUGAUGGUAUGGGGGUGCAUUAGUGCCCAAGACAUGGGUAACUUACACAUCUGUGAAGGCAACAUUAAUGCUGAAAGGUACAUACAGGUUUUGGAGCAACAUAUGCUGCCAUCCAAGCAAUGUCUUUUUCAUGGACGCCCCUGCUUAUUUCAGCAAGGCAAUGCCAAGCCACAUUAUGCACGCGUUACAACAGCGUGGCUUUGUCGUAAAAGAGUGCGGGUACUCGACUGGCCUGCCUGCAGUCCAGACCUGUCUCCCAUUGAAAAUGUGUGGUGCAUUAUGAAGCGCAAAAUACGACAACGGAGACCCCGGACUGUUGAACAACUGAAGCUAUACAGCAAGCAAAAAUGGGAAAGAAUUCCACCUUCAAAGCUUCAACAAUUAGUCUCCUCAGUUCCCAAACAUUUAUUGAGUGUUGUUAAAAGGAAAGGUGAUGUAACACAGUGGUAAACAUGCCCCUGUCCCAACUACUUUGUCACGUGUUGCAGCCAUGACAUUCUGAGUUAAUUAUUAUUUGCAAAAAAAAAAUAAAGUUUAUAAGUUUGAACAUUAAACAUAUUGUCUUUGUAGUGUAUUCAAUUGAAUAUAGUUUGAAAUGGAUUUGCAAAUCAUUGUAUUCCGUUUUUAUGUACGUUUAUCACAAUUUCCCAACUUCAAUGGAAUUGGGUUUUGUACUAUACUAUAUUUCAUGUCCAUGCUUUCCCCACAUUGUACUUUCGGGUUCCAUGUAAACAUGUGGAAAGACAGGGAGCUCUCUGCACAGAGCCACAUUGCUGAUUAUUUCCUGGUACAUGUAAAUAAAUAACUUUCUUACUUCGAUGUUAUACUGGAAUCGAGCCUUGGGUUUUGCAGUGAUCUGGUGUACUUUGUGUGAAGCUGGUCUGGACCUGUGCUUAAUAGAACAUCUACAACACGUGAAGUGACUGAUGUGGUGGUUCCUGAUAUCUCUCAGCAUGUUGAAAGUCUGCUGUCCCUCUUGCUGUGUCCAGAUUCUUGGUCUGAUGGUUGUGCGAAAGCUUCUGGAUCUGAUGUUCUCACAACACGACCUAGCCUGGCUGGACGACAUCCUGCCAGACAAAGACAAGAAGAAAAAGGAAGAUGACAAGAAGAAAAAGAAGGAGAAGAAGGGGGCAGAGCCAGAGAGCGAUGAGGAGGUGGGGAAAGUAUGAGAUUACGCAGUACAUGGGUACACAAGAAUACCAGUCUGCCUCUGUGAUCUCCUCAUUUGGCGAGCGAGACUCUUUUCUGUAUUUUUAUUGUGCAUUCAUUUGUGUGUCACUCCAUCUGUUGUUGGGUGUCAUUCCUUGGUUUGUGUUUCUGACUAAUACUGUCUGUUUCUCCUCUCUGUCCCACAGUGUUGCUGAAAAGGCACUGUAUAACACUUACUACAGUCUUUAUAUGUGUCUCCUCCUCUUCUAAAAAGACUGGUCUCUCCCUCUAUGUGCACUGAAGUACUGGUGUUUGCAUGUUAGACAAUACUGUUGUCCAUUCAGGUUUCUUUUUGAAGGAUAAGACUACAGCUGUUCUUUUUUGUCAAAAAUCUCAUUAUGUUUAGAGGUCUGGUUUUCAGGUCAAUUCAGCUGCUGUGUUCACUCGUAUAAAAAUCACUAUUUGUAAAAAAGCUACAAACCUUUAAGAAAAGUACAUCAAACUCUUGAAAUGCAAUUAAAGAUUUGAGAAGGUUGGAUGACAACAAUGAUUACAGUGAGUCAGAAAAGCCACAACGUCAAAGUUGUUUGAGGAAAGGACUUAAAAGAGAACUCUGACUUGGCUCAGAGUCCACGUCUCCCCCAUCACUCAGUGGGGUGAAAAUUUCCCUGGACCUAAUCCUGUUCAACUUGACUGUUAGGUGGAUCGUCACAGUGUGCAGGGCUUGACACUAACCUUUUUCACAAGGAGCACAUGUGCUCCUAAAUUGAAAAAGUUAGGAGCACACGAAGAACUUUAGGGGCACAAUGAAAAUUGAUCAAACAAUGUGUCUUAUUGGUCCAGAUGAGUACUAUUUUUAAAAUCAAUUUUAAGUAAAUUGGUCACAUGACAUGGAAGCUAUUGAAGGAAAACAGCCUUUUUUUGAGAACAUCAACCGGUAAUUUAUUGAUGGUCCCUCAUUCAACACCCAACGUUGACAGAGUAGAUUUACCCGCGCUGCUGUUGUUAUUCCCGGUUAUGGGGAGUGAGAAGACACUGGUAGAUCCUCGGUGAAUGUCUGUCGAAUAUCCAACCUAAUGGUGGUAUUCACCGCGGUAUUUACAUGAAAAAAUAUUUGUUGCCUCCGCUGAUUCUUUUUAUGCCCACAUUUGCCCCUAAAUACAUUUUAUAAUUCGCACACAUCUUUUUUUAGUCACAAAUGCGAGUGAAACGGUCAUACCGUCGAGCCCUGGUGUGCACUGACUAUGUAGUCCCUCACACAUAUUAAGCUGAGGCUGACUGUUCAUCCUCCUUUCACCAUCAGGGAAUCAACUUUUUCCUCUUCCUUAAACAGAGGUUCUAGUUCUGCUGCAUUUUAUCCUCUUCUUUUAGAACCAUAGACCUAUGGACAACUUGGUUCCGCCUACCGCCUGUAUACGGAUUUGAAGCCAAAUAGCUCUCUGUAUUUCCGGGAUUUGUCUUCGUUUCCUGAAACCAGCGCUGCACAGCAGCAAUGCACGCAACAGCGUAUCCCCGGAUGGGCUACGCAAUCCCUGAACGGCCAUAGGCCGUAUCAGGUGCUAAUCAAAGAAAACAUGAACCCCCUGAUAACUUUUAAAAACGGAGCUUCACAGAAAAAAGAGGACUUGAGCACAAACCAGUCUGACAGUAACUACAUGUCAACAUCACAAGCAGGGGGGAGAAAAAUUUAUGUUCUGUGUAAUAAAUUUCUAAAGUUUGGCCACAGCUCCAUAAACUUAGCUGGCGGAGGCGGGAUUUAUGAUCUAUUCUGCAGCCUAUCGACAGAGGGUGCUGUUCUCAGAGUGGCUUCACCCAGCAAAGAGGCAGACUCUGUCCAUUCUUUAUACAGUCUGUGUUUAGAACCUGUUGAUUUAACUCACCCUGACAGAUCCUCCUGUUUGCUCUCUGCUGUGGUGUCAAACAGGAAAACGUGACAUGAUAUCUGUCAGAUUACUGCUUGUGAGACCUGUCAAAGGUUGGUAAAUACAGGCUAACUAAAACCCCAGUCUGGACUAGUGAUCGGGAUUAUAGACGGCUAAACUAGCAUGCUAACUGCUAGAAUGCUAUCCAACUACAGCUAUGAUCAGAGAGGGGAACCAGAACCCACAGAUGACAAAAACACUCAACAUUUCUAGUCUUACUCUUUAAAAUACAAAAACCCUUGCUUGUUCUGCAUGCAGACGACUUCCUGCUUGUUUUUUUGUUUCCCUCAGCCUUUCAGCUCCCCCCCCCCUCCAGUGGAGAUCUCCAUGGAGGCCAUAGAGCCCCAAACAGAGCCAGUUCCAGACAAUGCUCGCCCACCUACCCCAAACCAACCCUCUGAUUGUGAGUACACCAACACCGACCCCUCCUGCAUCUCUUGUUGUGUCCGUUAGUCUUUUUGGUAUUUAAUGUUGUUCACUAAAUCUAAGGGAUGGAGUGUUAAUAGAGAUUUUUGGUAGAUGCUGCCUGUUGACCAAUGGCCUGCUAGGACCUGCAAAUUCCUCAGAUGAUUUAUCACAACAAAUCUGACAUGCUGUAAAAACUGAGUGUUACAGACACCAUCAAAGUAGAGUCAAUGGCUGAGCUGUUGUUGUGAUUUACUUUUUUUUAGUUUUCAGCACCCUUGUCUUGCUGCUGCUGUCAUCAUCCUAUGUCAUUUAAUAUGCUAGUUUAACCACAAACAGUCUACACACAACUUUCUCUUCAUUUUCUCGAUGAAAAUACUGACAAAUGGCACCAAAAUACUAGGGCCCGACCGAUUUAUCUGCGAGCCGAUUAAAUAGGCCAAUUUUAGCCCGUUUGAGACUAAUCAGCAAUCGGCCAAAACUUGCUGAUUUUCACCGAUAUUUUCAGAAAUAAAAUGCGGAGACUAAGAUUCGGUUUCACUUUGAAAAUCUUCUGCCAUUUGAAAAGUUCCCCGACUUAUCCUGUAGGUGGCAUAGCGACCUCAUGACAAUCUUCAUCCACUAACUACCUCACAGUACAGCAGAGUGACGGAUCUGAAGCAGGCAGCUCAGGGACGCACAGAGGAGAGUGGUCCGCCUCAACGGUAAAUAAACCAGUAUGUGAAGUACACAAUAAGUCAACAAGUUUCAGUUCAACCCACUUCACGAUGUUCCCCGCUGUGCUGGUCUCGGUCACGCUGAGUUAACGGUGAAGCACCAUGUAAUAUGCAAGCUAAAGUUAGAGUUAGCCACCUGCUAUUAGCCUUGCUACACUGUUAGCCAUGCCAAUAACGGUAGAAUAAACAACAGUACACAUUACGUGAUCGAGCUACUUCUCUUAUUGAGGCAGCUGCAUGUCUCCAGAUGAGACCUGACCAGUUCUAAAAGUUAUUUUUAUAACUUUUAUAACUAAUAUAUAUUUUUUAUAACUUCAUAAAAAAUUUUGAAAAUUGGCCGAUUAAAUUGGUAAUCAGAUUUUUCCAUAUUGGUCGGGCCCUACACAAUACAACAUAACAUGUGACACCUGAGCUUGUUUACAUCCAGCUAAAGGAGCAGUUUGGCAUAAUUGCUGUAACUUCACUGAUAAAACUGCAGUUAUAAUUCAUGUCACUGACUGAUCCAGAGGAUGCCCUAUGUGGAUGUCUAUUAUUAUCUACCAUAAUAAACAAAAUAAGGGUUUAAAACCAGAUUAAGACCACAAAUGCAAUGAAAGUUGUUCCCUAAAGAGAGAAGCAAGUUUUUUUUUAUGGAUCCAUGUUCAAAUCAUUAUCUUUUUGCUGUAACUGGAGUUGAAAUUGCUCCCCCACCCUUCCUUUUGGUGGUUUUCACGUCAACAAAUGGCCACCGGGUGCUAUAAACAUCUACACAUCUAAAACAAAUCUUGUACUGUGGUUAUAUUCGUAGUCAAAGAUGAAAAAAGAACCAUGAAUUUGACACAGGGAAUGUGUGCAUACGUGCAGGCAGACUGAAGUCAACACAGCUCUUCAUGCUUUUUAUUUACUGCACAAUAAUCCUGUCUGUAAACAUAUAGAACACAUUCACAGUUAACUCUGCAGGUCAGUGGUUCAGAACUGCCUCUGAAGAUAGACUGGUUGUGAUCAUUACACUUCUGUACACAUCAUGAAACAGAUUCUGUUUUUUUUAUAGAUUUGUUCAACUCUACCAUUUCUGUGUCUCUGUCUUUGUAUCUGUGUUGAACUGUGCAUGCAUGUUUAUGCAUGGGUAUGCUGUUUGUUUGGUUUGGUGUGUGCAUAUGUUCUUGUCCUGUGUCUGCGUUCUGGGUGUUUUUCUUACAGGAGACCAACCCAUACUCGACAGUCACGUCUGAUCAAAACGAAUUAGACCGCAGGUACUGUGUGCUGAAACUGCACGUGCCCUUCAGGGAUCUGAUUAACCCACCUGACCCAUACACUGGCUGAAACAACAAACCUGACACCAUCAGACAACCCAAAUCUUCAUUUAUGACCUACAAAUACAGCUGCUGCAUCAUUUCGAUCUCUUUUUGGAAGAUGAUUUCAGGUGUUUUUGUUUUCACAGUGCAGGCAUGUUCAAAUAUGAUAGGGGUUAUCACAGCGAGGAUUGUGCACAAUGCAGUGAAUGUUUAAUGAGUAGAAGUCGCACACACUCUCAGUCAGGGGUUUUCAAAGUUGACACUGUGCCCGCACCACACUACACCCCCUUCCUCAUAACUCUACUUUUUACCCUCAUGAAACUAUGGAGAGAAAUAAACAGGACUCAUAUUACAAUGGAUAAUGCUUUGGGCUUUGACUUGAGCCCAGAUUUUUAAGCCUUUAUUUGUUUAAUUUAAUACAGCAUCAAUUUCAGCAUGCCAAAUUAGCUGUUAGCAGUCCCUGACUCCAGUGAAACCCUGGGUAUACAGACUGCUAAUAAUUUUGAUACUAAAGCAAACCAACAAACGUAAUUAUUCUCAGACAAAAUCCAAAGUUAGGGUACGAUUUCCCCCCCUGACUUCUGAACAGAUUUUUGGGCAUUUCUGGAUGGUGGAUGUAUGAGUAACUGUGUUCCCAGAAGUGAAAGUUGCACAUUUUGAAAGCCCAGAAGCUGUUUAAUUGCCUGAGCUCAGAUUUCACUGAAUUGUGAUGGAUAGCAGUGACAUUUUUUAAGGUUUAUUUUAAGUACUUUUUUUUCUUCGGUGAGCAGUGAGUCAGAAGUAAAGCUGCUGCCGUUGACCUCAUUUCUAAGUAAGAAAAACUUUGGAAAAACUAACAACACCGUCUUCCUGGAUUUCAGAAAAGCUGUAUGAAACUGUCCCACCAACGCCCCCCUGAAACCUCCAGUAAGGCACCUCACAACUUGAAAACCCCUGCUCUGGAUCUGUACUCUGAUUCAGCCCCACUUGCGGUAGUCUUCAGAUGUAAAUACUCUAAACACUGUAGAUCCUGGCAUAUCUAGACAGAUUAUUAUUUUAAUUUUCCUCUGUUGCAAAAUGUGUUACAUUAUGUAAGUGAGCUGCCAGUGAAAUCGUGUCUCUGCCAAAACAAUAAAUCAGGCAUUAGAUCCAACAUUUGAUUAAAACUGUGCAAAUUUGCAAAUUUGAAUUUUGGACCUUUUGUCAGUGAUUUGGAUAUUUAUGACAACUGUUUGGUAGCGUUAGCUGAGAGAGGAUAAAAUGGUGAAUGUAGCCUAUGGGAAUCAUGAGAUUGAUUUAUUUGAUGUCUUUAUCCAAACACCUUUUGUAAAUAUUUAUUUUGUGAGUUGAUGGGGUUGAAAGCUUGUUAAUAUUUCUUUUCAGGGAGUUCUCACUAAGAUAGCUGGAAUGUCAUCCUUCUCUGCAAAGCUGAUUAUUUUUUGGUUUUCCUGAGUUGAAGCAGCAGAGAUGUCAGAGAUUUGUAGAGCUGUCUUACAUGUUUUUAAUUUAUGCAUCUUCUUCAUGACUGGUAGUGUAAAUACUGUAAUUUUUACUCCACUACAUACAUCUGACAGCUUUAAUUUCUUUACAGAUUAAGAUUAUUUGUACAAAAUACAACCACUUAUGUGUUAUCCUAGUCAUAUAAAAAGUAAUUUAAUUAUAAGUGUAUAACCAAGUUGAUGUAUACAUUUUUGCAUCAAUGACUAUAAUAUUAAUGAGUACUCUGAGUACUUCAUGUGUUUGAUGCAGAAUCACUCUUUUUACUCUCUGUUUAAGAUAGGAGGUGCAGCUGAAUGAUUUUCACAUGUAAACUAGAUCAUCUCCAAGUCCUGUUUUUCAUUUCAUCAUGGGUACUCUGUAAUAUGCUCCUCUUUGAGAAUUUGCUGUUGUUUUACUGCAGGGGCUGUUGUAGAUGGUUGUUGUACGGAAAGUGAUUUUUGGUGUAAAAACCUUCAACUACUUUUCAACUGUGAGGCAUGCAGUGGUGAAUUUAUAUUUAGCAAUAAAGGAAAAAGAAAAUAACAGCUCAUAAAUCAGAUUGGCCUUGAUAUACUAAUAUAUACAUUUAAAAAUUUCUAAAACGGUGUAUAAAACACCCUUACUGUUUGCUCAUUAGUCUGUACAAAUAUGUGACCCUAGGAAUUGGCUAUGAUAGGAUUUUGGUUGUUUCUUUUGAAUAACAGCAGCUGUUUCCUUCUCUCAUUAAAGUGUAAUAACACACACACUAUACUGAUUCAGUGCAACAGAGAGUACUGCAGCACCACCUUGCAUCUUCUUAAGCACUUCACACUUGUCACUGUUCCUGCAUGGCUUCAAGCUGAAUCAUGUUUGCCUGCCUGAGUCUCUCAUGACAUUACACUCCUGCUGUGAUUUUGGUUGUUUAUUACAGGACUACAAGUAAUACUAAUACUUUUAAGAGGCUUACAGAGACAUUUGGACCAAUCUGCAGAGCCUAUAUUUUCUAUAGUUCACCUCAGCAAUACAAACAUGAAAAGAAUCCUCAUGCUUUUGAGAGUCUUAAUGUACUGUCGGUGAUGACAUUCACAAACUCUCUUUAAUUGUAUGCUGAGGACCAUAUUCUGAAAUUGUGAGAGACUCAUGCAGUCUCUCUCAUUUAACUUGGCUGGGAGAAGCUUUUUGGCAUUGUAUAAUAUUUUUCAGAGUUUUGUUGUCACUGCUCCAACUGUUUAAGCUGCCUCAAAUUCAAGAUUUAGGUUUGAUCAAAACUUUACGCAAGCAACUUUUGUGGAACUGGGAUUGUAAAAUUACCAGAGAACACAAUAGACAAAGUGCUGCUCAAGUUCGUACAGAACUGACACUACAGGGGACUUGGAAAUGUAGUCGUAUUUUAUCCAAAAUCUCCUGCCCCUCUUCAGUCUGAAAUGCUCUGAAAGCUUCAGUUACUUCAUUGCUUGCAGAGCAGCGCCCUCUAGGGCAAUUAGAAAGCCCAACAAGUAACAAGGCAGAAUGAUUUUUUUUUUUUUGCUUUCUAUAAUGAGAAACAUAAAAAAACACAAUCUAUAUCCUUAAAUGUUUUAAUGUUUUUCAAAUCUUAAAUCAUCAUUUCCUCUAUUUAUGUGUUAUGUUUAGCCCUUGAAUUUUCACAGUACACUCAGCUGCCAGUAUCUAAGGCACAGCUAAACUGAUGCAGUCCUAUGUUACACUCACACACAGCUGUCCAAACCACAGCUAGCUGCACCAGCUAGUUGUACCUAAUAAACUGGAAACUCAGUGUACUGGAUGUGCACAAUGUAGAGUAAAAGUGUAACCAGGCCGGUUCCACCACUCUUUCCCAGCAUCACUCUGCACCUGAAGAUCUCCUGCCCCCCCUCGCCUAACCCCUCCCAGACGAGCCUUGCCUCCGGGGAUGUUCCGCCACACCUGCCUCCACGCCAGCCCAUGCCCCAGGUCAGCAUCCAGGUGGAUUCAGACUAUGAGGAGUCUGGCCUCUACCCUAGACCACAACACCAUCAUCAUCACCACCAUCGCCAUCACCACCAGAUCCUCUACCCCUCUCGCCCCACACCUCCACCUAUAAUACAAAGACACUUUCACCCAAAACUGCACCCUUACUUUCUUGACCAGUGUGCUGAGACUGUUCUUUAG